GCCAGGUUGGAAGGUGUCCCUGCCCAUGGCAGAGAGGUGGAACUGGAUGAUCUUUAAGGUCCCUUCCAACCCAAACUGCUCUGUGGUACCUGAUGGUGUUUUGCCUGAGCCUCAGGGAGUCCCCACACGUGGAGCUCAGUUACCCCAGCGAGGACAAGGGUCUGCUCAUCCAGGACCUGUGGCCAUGGAUGUUUUGCCCCCUGGAAACAGAGCCAUUUGCAGGUCUCCUCUCAAUUUGGAAAGCCUGACUGCCACCUCAAUUGCUCUGUUUUGAUCCCAACAAGCAGCUGCUUGGCUGGGGAUGGAGCACUGUGUGUAAGGACCAUGUGUCCCUGUGAUCCUCCAUAUCCCAAAGGGAAGGAGGAAUGAGCCAUGUGGGCUGUGCUUUGGCAUCCUCUGACUCUGCAGAGCUGCUGCUGCUGGUACAGGACGUGUUGUCAUGGUUGAAUUUACCAAAAUUAAAAUUUUUCCCCUUUUUCACGCAGCGGGACCCUGUCAGGAGAUACAAAAGGCAGCAGUUGGGAUGCUGCAGGGAUAAUCCUUUUUCCUCUCCACUCAGAGCUUCUUGUGGCUCUGCUCUUUUCCAGCCCAGGGAGCUGUAAAUGGCUCAGCAGGAAUUUAAACCAGCCCAGUGCUGCUGUGCCUGCUCAGGCCCUGCCUUUGCUGCUUGUCAGAGGCAGCUCAGUGCUUAGUCACCCCCAGUCAGGUUCUGCAGUCCAGGUCAUGCUGAGAACAUUCCCAGUUAUUCUCAAGGCUCUCAGGAAAACCUCAGCUCACUGAGAGGCCAGAGAUGAAACCAGGCCAGGGCUAAACACGUAGGAGCAGAACAAGUAGAAAUCAAACGAAAUAAACCCCAUAGAAAAUGCAGGAAUAAUGUGCUGAGCACCUCAGAAUAUAAACUUCAAAAUAGAUUAAAAUGUGACUAAUUUAAGCAAUAAUUUAGCCUCUAGCCUGGGUUAAGUUUGACUCAUGUGUAAUUUGACCAUCAAACCAGAGCUGGUGCUUGGUUCCAAGUGGAACCAGUGCUGAGCUAUUCCCUUUCAAUGCCAUUUAAAGGUUGAAGGAAAUAAUUCCACUUGCACUAAAGAUUUAACAAAUAGCCAUGAGGGCAAAACAGUCAUUGGUAUUUUAAACUGUAGGCAUUUUAAGACCUUUUUAGACUAGAUUGAUAAAUUCUUGAAUGGAAAAGGAGGGAGGCAGACCCACCACUGGGUUGUACAGCUGCCUCUGCAGUGCCCAGUUUCCAGGUGCUGGAAUUUAGGGAUGGAGAGUUCUGGGGUAGUUUUUCAGGGUUAUUUUAGCAUUUCCAUGGGUGGGGGAGCGCCCUGUCCAUGUUUGGGGUGUCCUCAGCUCUGAAAUUCUAGUUCCAAACCAAACAAAGCAAACGAAAACUUCACUGUGUUUCUGCAGAAGGAUUUCUCAAGGGUAUCAGGAAAUGGAAAUGGAUACAAAAAGCCACCCCCCCCCCAAAAAAAAAAACAACCAAAAAAAUUCAAAACUGUGUAUAUAUCUAUGUAUAUACAUGACUAUCUCUCUAUAGAGGGCACUUUGCAGGAACACUGUGCUGUACUGAUCUCGAAAUCUCUGCCUGCCUGUGUCUCUUACACCUUUUGCAUCGCUGUUCUCUUUGUUUUAGGGGAAAAAAUUAGAUUACACCUUGUCAAAUUAAAAUAACAAAAACUAAAAUAGUCGAGUCUGUGUUUAAAAUUGCAGAGCUGCUUGAAAAACAAUUGGAUUUCGAUGAUUUUCUGUUUAAUCCUGUAAAAAGCAACAGGAAAAAAAAAAAAAAAGACUUACAAAAGACCAGAGAUGUUCAGCCAGCCUGUCACUCAGCUAAUGUGGUUUUUUAAGUGAAAAGUAACAAUUAUUGGGAAGGUAAUGGAUUUCCUCCAGACCAAAUCCAAGCCUUGGGCUCAUUCUUUAUUUAUCUACCUGUUUACUCAUUUAUUUUUAUUCACCGUGAAGGAAAUGAGGAAGGAGAUGGGCAUGAGGAGGGAAGUGUCUCGUCCUGUGGAGGGACGGAGGUCGGAAAUCCAAACCCAACAGCGUUUGGCCCCAGAGGAACGAACCUGGAAUUGGAAUGGGAGAGGGAGGAGGAGGCAGAGGCGGCUGCACGGACACGCAGGGGCAGGGACACACCACCUUUUGGGAGGGGAGGACAGGUGUAAUCUAAGCUUCACUAAUAAUGUAGAGGCUGCACAUUAUUUUGGCACCCUUUCCCUACCCCCUCCUCAUUUUGGAGCAAGACGGAAUGACUCCUGUCUCACCAAAAUGGCCAAUAAUGUCCGCCUUCUCACCUCAUUUGGAGCAGCAGCUUGCUGAGUGUCAAAAUGUUCAAUACCAUUUGGUUUUGUUUGGUGCUUUCAACCAGUCACUUCACUUUCUUUCGUUUCCUUUUCCCAAUUAAUUUCUUCUUUAAGGUACGAGACGUGUUUUCACUUUGAGUUGGUUUAAUGUGAAUCGGGGUUUGAAGUGACGGGUUCUUGUCCAGAACGUUUCUCCUUUUCCCCACCUCUCUCCUCCUCCAACAUUGCUUCUCCCUGAGGGAAUCUGGAAGGGGCUUAAAAAGUGCAACUGGUGGAUUUCCUCAGCACAAACUGGUUGGUUGGUCCUCAGAUUUCUCUCACUAGCAGCGUCCUGGGAACGCAUUUUAAGGAUGGAUUCUGGUGUUGCAAAUGUCAACCCUGGAUCUCACAGUGUCUCUUCCGACCAGGUCUGUAAAUCUGUCCCUUGCAAAAACACCUCUCACCUUGUGGACCUCUUCUUUAACAGAGUGGUGGUGGUGGGGAACCUUAGCCACGCUGAUUGGGACCGAAAAAGCCAAAAAUGCCACUCACACAACACAAACUGGGUUAACCUCUGCCUCCGUGAGCAGCAACAAAACCAAUUGGCUUUCCAAGGGUGUGAAAAGUUAUGGAUCUGUUCUGUUUCUUAAAAAAGCCCGAUUUGGGGUGCAGAUUUGCAGUGUGAAAUGCUUAUCCAACAGCCAAUUAAACAGACUCAUAACUAACUGCACUUCAGAAAUCUCCCUGUGCCUCAGAGGUGGCUCCUCUGCAUCGAGAUAAUUCAACUUGCAUCCCAAACGUCCAGCUCCUGUCUUGAAAUCUGGUUCUAUCAGUAACGAGCUGUAUCCUUGUUUGAAAAAAGCUCCUGGGAGUUUUUUGGCCAUGGAAAAUGUCUGUUUGUGUGUGCCUGCUUGUGUGUGUGUCCGUCGGGAGCUGCUGCACAUGGAGCAUGAACGUCCGUGUCCGCAUGCGAGGUCGGCUUCGUAACCCAGGUCUGACAAAGCUGUCCUGGAAACCAGAACAUCCCUGGAACUCAGGGAAGGUGCUUCUUGUACCAGGAACUGGGAGAAGUGUUAGGGAAGUGUCUGUAAAGCAAAGCCACUGCCCUGUCCCAGUGUUUCAUUUCCAGAGAGGGCAGUUCUUUUCUUCCCGGUCCUUUGAAAGUGUCAGAAAGCAAAAUGGAAAGGAAUCUCUUUCACCACUUUUUUAACCUGUAAAAUUUCCCUCUUUCAGCUGCUGUGUGUGACACCCAGCAGGACCCAGGGCUGAAAUUGGUCUUGAUUCCACCUCUAGCUGCACUUCCAGCUUCCUUCCCACCGCUGCUCUCUUCCUCCUGGGCCUUGUCCUAAAGGCUGACCCAGAGAUUCUCACCUUGACAAAUUCCAUGUCACCAGCCAAACCCGAGUGGUGCAGCAAUUAAAAUGAACAGGGGCAUGGUGGUGGGUAGCCAGAGAUGAACCCUGAAACUACUGUGGUUGUCACAGCCCUGAGCUGUGGCAGGGAUGUAUCCAGGGACUCUCUGAGGUCUCCAGCACUUAAUUGGAGUUAUUUUCCCAUCCUAGACCGGUGUGUGGAUGUUGGUAGACUUGUGCACACACAGGAAUGUGUAGCUUUUUUUAAACCAGGAUGCACCACGGAAGUGCUGCUGCCUGUUUUGGGCUCUCAGGAGCCCUAAUCCAAAUUAAACCAGCCCCAAAGUGCCCUGUGACCCCACGGAGCUGACCUGCACCCCUGGGAGCUGUGAGGAGGAGGGGAGGGUUUGCUCUGCAGUUCUUUGUGAGCUUGUGUUUUGUGAGUGGAUCUCUUCUUCCCUGCCCAAAACCACAGCCAGGAACAGUCUGCUCCCUUCAGACUCCGAUUCUCAGCACUCCGCCCUACAUCAGAUAAUGCUUUUCAGUUAUUAAAUUCUGGUUUGUUCUUCCUUUUUCUUUCCUUUUCUUUGUUUUCGUUUUUUUUUUCCUUUCUCUUUCGGUUCGGUUUUAUUUCUUUGCGAUUAGCUUCGGUUUGAAUUAACUGUCUUGUUCUGUUCCCAUGACAACUCAGUGUUUGCAUCCCACCUGCCGUUGUUUGUUGCUGUUGAUGCUGUUUGCUGACCGGAUCUUGUCCGGAUAUGUCUCCCCAUUCCUCCUCACCUUUCCCACCUUGCCUCCCCCUCUCCAGAAGGUUACAUGCCAGCCCCUCCUCUAAAGAGUCAUCCCCACCCCAGAUUUGUCUGCAUGUUGACCCCACUUGUUUCUCUCCAAGUUCUCUCCAUCUUGUCUCAGACUGUGACAGGUGUGGUUUUCACCUGGCUCCAUUUUCUGAAUUGUGGUACCUCCAGAAGCAGUGGGAAGAAGGAUGGAGUAGGAAACAGGGAUGUACCUUCAUUUUUAGGGCUGAAAGGCCUCCACAGUCACAGGAGGGAGGAAGGAGCAUGUUGCCUGAUCCUUUGAGCCAGUGCUGGUCCCUGAGGUGGUAAAAAACCCUCCUCACACCUUUCUCCAGGUAGAAAGUCACCUUCUAGUGUCAGUGGUCAGGUGAGUUUACAGUCUCUCCCUCCACAUGCUAAUUCUUUCCCCAGCUGAGGGCAUGCCACCCAUUAUCCCUGCAAACCCAUGCAUGCAGGAACUCUCCUCUGCCAUUCCUGACCUUCCAGUGCCACAAAUCUGGAAGUCUUCUCUUCCUUGCCUCCCAGUACUGGUUCCUGGCUACCAGUACCUGCAGAAAAGAGUCUGACAGCCCGAUGGGGAGACCAGACCGUGUGUCAAGAUGUCCCUUGUCACCUUGCAGGACGAUGCAAGGGCUGUAGUUGGCUUUUGUUUACCAAAGCCCCACUAAAUGGCAAACAGCCACUAGCUUUCCUGGCACUGCCCUUCCCAUUGGAAAAGAUCCAUAAAGCUGAGUGACAGCCAGGGAAGUGAGAUAAAUACUAGAAAACCCCAAGACAUCAGUUCCAGGGGACAUCUGAAGGCACUGGGACUCGGGAGGAGCGAGGGCAGGCUCAGCUCUGCUGCCCUUGGCUUUGCUUUUGCAUGAGGCAACGGCCACUGAGCCCUAGAGAGGUUGUUCCGAAGUUACCUGGGAAUAGGGCAGCAGGGACAGGUGGUUCUCAGGCCCCCAGCACUCCAAACUCUCCUGCCCCCUCGCCCACCCUGCCUGAGGGAGUUCCUGCAUGGCUGUCCCUGGAGCUGGAGGAAUCCUGCACUCCCAUUCCCCUCCGGCUGCUGCUGUUCCUGCAUUUUUCCCGGGUCCAUAUCCUUUUGUCUUUGCCUGUGAGGAUGAGACCCUGCCCUCAGCUCCCUCCCUAGGGCCUUUCUGAUCCACACAUGUUCUCCUUUGUCCAUUCUCCUGCUUUUCCCCCUAAGGAAGGGCCCCCACAGUUCCUCCAGCCAGCCCGGGUCGUUCAGAAAAUGGAGCCAAGGAAACCACAGCCUCCCCCUUUGCGUCCAUGUUCUUCCUGUGUAAGGUCUGGAAGCUGCAUCCACCUCUCUGCUAAGGAGAUGCACAGAACAUGUCACUGUUUUCUCAACGUUAAAAGUUUCAUUACCUUGUUUUUCUUAUUAAUUCUAUUCUAUUUAUUAUUCCGCCAGGGCUGAGAUGUGACAAUGUGAGCCACCACAUUGGGUCACAUCAGCUAGAAAAAUUCGCCGUGUGGCCCCUCGCUUCUCCAUCUUACCUGUCAGCCAUGAAAUCAUGCCCGGGGGCAACGUCAACAUCACGUGCGUGGCCGUGGGUUCGCCCAUGCCCUACGUCAAGUGGAUGCAGGGAGCGGAGGACCUGACGCCCGAGGAUGACAUGCCCGUGGGCAGGAACGUCCUGGAGCUCACGGACGUCAAGGACUCCGCCAACUACACCUGUGUGGCCAUGUCCAGUCUGGGAGUCAUAGAAGCCGUUGCCCAGAUCACGGUGAAAUCACUUCCCAAGGCUCCUGGAACUCCAAUGGUGACAGAGACAACAGCAACAAGUAUCACCAUCACCUGGGACUCUGGAAACCCAGACCCCGUGUCCUACUAUGUCAUUGAAUACAAGUCUAAAAGCCAGGAUGGGCCGUACCAGAUCAAGGAGGACAUCACCACCACGCGCUACAGCAUCGGGGGGCUCAGCCCCAACUCCGAGUACGAGAUCUGGGUCUCUGCGGUCAACAGCAUCGGGCAGGGGCCUCCCAGCGAGUCGGUGGUCACUCGCACCGGGGAACAAGCUCCCGCCAGCGCCCCCCGGAACGUGCAGGGCCGGAUGCUGAGCAGCACCACCAUGAUCAUCCAGUGGGAGGAGCCGGUGGAGCCCAACGGGCAGAUCCGCGGCUACCGCGUCUACUACACCAUGGAGCCCGACCAGCCCGUCAGCAACUGGCAGAAGCACAACGUGGACGACAGCCUGCUGACCACGGUGGGCAGCCUGCUCGAGGAUGAGACCUACACCGUGCGGGUCCUGGCCUUCACCUCCGUGGGAGACGGGCCCCUCUCCGACCCCAUCCAGGUUAAGACGCAGCAGGGAGUUCCUGGGCAGCCGAUGAACUUCCGAGCAGAUGCCAAGACCGAGACGAGCAUCGUGCUGACGUGGAGCCCUCCACGCCAGGAGAUCAUAGUGAAGUACGAGCUCCUCUAUAAGGAAGGAGACCACAGCAAGGAGGUGCUGAAGAACUUCGAGCCGACGACGUCCUUCACGGUGGAAGGCCUGAAGCCCAACACUGAGUAUGUCUUCCGGCUGGCCGCCCGCUCGGCUCUGGGCCUGGGGGCCUUCACCCCGGAGGUCCGAGAGCGCACCUUGCAGUCUAAACCGUCUGCCCCCCCUCAAGAUGUAAAAUGUGUCAGCACUCGCUCCACCGCCAUUCUGGUAAGUUGGCGGCCGCCUCCGGCCGAGAGCCAGAACGGCGUCCUGGCUGGAUACAGCGUCUACUAUCGAGCGCUGGACUCGGAGGACACGGAGCUUAAGGAGGUGAAUGAUAUCCCCCCAACCACCAGUCAGAUCCUGCUGGAGUCCCUGGAGAAGUGGACGGAGUACCGCGUCACGGUGGUGGCUCACACGGAGGUGGGGCCGGGCCCGGAGAGCUCGCCGGUCAUCGUCCGCACGGAUGAAGAUGUGCCCAGUGCACCUCCUCGGAAAGUGGAGGUGGAGGUCCUGAACUCGACUGCAAUCCAAGUGUUCUGGCGCUCCCCAGUCCAGAACCGCCAGCACGGCCAGAUCCGGGGGUACCAGGUGCACUAUGUGCGGAUGGAGAACGGAGAGGCCCGGGGGCUGCCCCAGAUCAAGGACAUCAUGCUGGCUGAUGCCCAGUGGGAAACAGAUGACACUGCUGAAUACGAAAUGGUCAUUGCUGGGCUCCAGCCGGAGACUUCCUAUUCCAUCACCGUCGCCGCCUACACCAUGAAGGGAGACGGGGCUCGCAGCAAGCCCAAGGUGGUCACCACCAAGGGUGCAGUCCCAGGAAAGCCCAUCCUGUCUGUGCACCAGACAGAGGAGAACACUCUCCUGGUGAAGUGGGAGCCUCCGUUGGAUGCGGAAGGCCAGGUGUUGGGCUACCGGCUCCAGUUUGGCCGCAAGGACGUCGACCCUCUGGCCACCCUGGAGUUCUCGGCGCUGGAGGAUAAGUACACGGCUCCCAGCAUCCACAAGGGCGCCACGUACGUGUUCAAGCUGGCCGUGAAAAGCCGGGCUGGCUUUGGGGAGGAAGCUGUGCAGGAACUCACCACCCCCGAAGACAUCCCCAAGGGUUACCCCCAGAUCCUCGAGGCGAGCAACGUGACUGCCAUGUCGGUGCAGUUCGGCUGGCUGCCCCCCGUGCUGGCCGAGCGCAACGGAGCCAUCGUCAAAUACACCGUGGCCUACAGGGAGGCCGGUUCUCCCGGCAACCUGCUGGAGAAAGACCUGCCCCCCUCCCCAGAGAACUCGUACACCCUCAACGGCCUCAAACCCAACACCGCCUAUGAUGUUAAAAUCCGUGCUCACACCAGUAAAGGCCCCGGGCCCUACAGCCCGACCGUCCAGUAUCGGACGUUCCAGCUGGAUCAAGUUUUACCCAAAAACUUCAAGGUGAAGAUGGUGACAAAGACAUCUGUCCUUUUGAGCUGGGAGUUCCCUGAGAACUACAACUCUCCUACCCCAUACAAGAUCCAGUACAACGGGCUGCACGUGGACGUGGACGGACGCACCACCAAGAAACUCAUCACCCACCUGAGGCCCCGCACCUUCUACAACUUCGUGCUGAUGAACCAGGGCAACAGCAUGGGGGGGCUGCAGCAGAACGUUGCUGCCUGGACUGCUGCUGACAUGUUGUCCAAGAAGCCAGAGGUGACCCACAAGCCGGAUGCCGAUGGCAACGUGGUGGUGAUUCUCCCUGACGUGAAGAGCUCUGUGCCUGUCCAGGCUUUCUACAUUGUGGUGGUGCCUCUGAGGAAGUCCCGGGGAGGACAGUUCCUCAACCCCUUGGGCAGCCCUGAGGAGAUGGACCUGGAGGAGCUGGUCCAGGACAUUGCCAGGCUCCGGCGCCGCAGCCUCCGUCACUCCCGACAGCUGGACUUCCCCAAGCCCUACAUCGCUGCCCGGUUCCGCUCCCUGCCCUCCCACUUCAUCCUGGGGGACAUGAAACACUACGACAACUUUGAGAACAGAGCCCUGGAGCCGGGGCAGAAAUAUGUCAUCUUCAUCCUGGCAGUGCUGCAGGAACCUGAGGCUACCUUUGCUGCGAGUCCCUUCUCCGACCCCAUCCAGCUGGACAACCCUGACCCGCAGCCCAUCAUCGAUGGAGAGGAGGGGCUCAUCUGGGUCAUCGGGCCCGUGCUGGCCGUGGUCUUCAUCAUCUGCAUCGUCAUCGCCAUCCUGCUCUACAAAAACAAGCCAGACAGCAAACGGAAAGAUUCGGAGCCCCGGACGAAAUGUCUCCUGAACAACGCUGAAAUCGCCCCCCACCACCCCAAGGACCCCGUGGAGAUGAGGCGCAUCAACUUCCAGACUCCAGAUUCUGGUCUGAGCAGCCCUCUCAGUGACCCUGAGUUUGACUUGGAAAGUAUGCUCAGCCACCCACCCAUCCCCGUUUCCGAGCUGGCUGAACACACAGAGCAUCUCAAAGCUAAUGAUAACCUGAAAUUAUCCCAAGAGUAUGAGUCCAUCGAUCCUGGCCAGCAGUUCACCUGGGAGCACUCCAACCUCGAAGUGAACAAGCCCAAGAACCGCUACGCGAACGUGAUCGCCUACGACCACUCGCGCGUCAUCCUGCUGCCCAUCGAGGGAAUUGUGGGCAGUGAUUACAUCAAUGCCAACUACAUCGAUGGCUACAGGAAGCAGAACGCCUACAUUGCCACCCAGGGGCCUCUGCCAGAGACCUUUGGAGACUUCUGGAGGAUGGUGUGGGAGCAGCGUUCAGCUACUAUUGUUAUGAUGACUAAGCUGGAGGAGAAAUCACGGAUAAAGUGUGACCAGUACUGGCCAGGCCGAGGCACGGACACCUACGGGAUGAUCCAGGUGACGCUGCUGGACACCAUCGAGCUGGCCACGUUCUGCGUCCGAACGUUCUCCCUUCACAAGAACGGCUCCAGUGAGAAGCGGGAGGUGCGGCAGUUCCAGUUCACGGCGUGGCCUGACCACGGUGUUCCCGAGUAUCCCACCCCCUUCCUGGCUUUCCUGAGACGGGUGAAAACCUGCAACCCCCCCGACGCUGGUCCCAUCGUGGUGCACUGCAGCGCGGGCGUCGGGCGUACCGGCUGCUUCAUCGUGAUCGAUGCCAUGCUGGAGAGGAUCAAACAUGAGAAGACAGUGGACAUUUACGGGCACGUCACUCUCAUGAGGUCCCAGCGCAACUACAUGGUGCAGACGGAGGACCAGUACAGCUUCAUCCACGAUGCCUUGCUCGAGGCCGUCGCCUGCGGCAACACCGAGGUCCCCGCUCGGAAUCUCUACAGCUACAUCCAGAAACUGGCCCAGAUCGAAGCCAGGGAGCACGUGACGGGCAUGGAGCUGGAGUUCAAGCGCCUGGCCAACUCCAAAGCCCACACCUCCCGCUUCAUCAGCGCCAACCUCCCCUGCAACAAGUUCAAGAACCGCCUUGUGAACAUCAUGCCCUACGAGACCACCCGGGUGUGCCUGCAGCCCAUCCGGGGCGUGGAGGGCUCCGACUACAUCAACGCCAGCUUCAUCGACGGCUACAGGCAGCAGAAGGCCUACAUUGCCACCCAGGGGCCGCUGGCAGAGACCACCGAGGAUUUCUGGCGGAUGCUGUGGGAAAACAACUCCACCAUCGUAGUGAUGCUGACGAAGCUUCGCGAGAUGGGGCGGGAAAAGUGCCAUCAGUACUGGCCCGCGGAGCGCUCGGCACGGUACCAGUACUUCGUCGUGGAUCCCAUGGCAGAGUACAACAUGCCCCAGUACAUCCUGCGGGAAUUCAAGGUCACGGAUGCCAGGGACGGUCAGUCACGGACUGUUCGGCAGUUCCAGUUCACUGACUGGCCAGAACAAGGUGUGCCAAAAUCAGGAGAAGGUUUUAUUGACUUCAUUGGACAGGUACACAAGACCAAGGAGCAGUUUGGCCAGGAUGGCCCCAUCUCUGUCCACUGCAGCGCUGGCGUGGGCAGGACCGGAGUGUUCAUCACCCUGAGCAUCGUCCUGGAGCGGAUGCGCUACGAGGGGGUUGUAGAUAUUUUCCAGACUGUAAAGAUGCUGCGAACACAACGACCUGCGAUGGUGCAAACAGAGGAUGAAUACCAGUUCUGUUACCAGGCAGCUCUGGAGUAUCUGGGAAGUUUUGAUCACUAUGCAACAUAAAAAGCCAUCGUUGUGCAGACUCUACCAACCACUUCAGUCCUGGAAGGCCUCUUCUGACCCAGGAGGAGCGCUUGAACUUACAAAACUGACUCAGAAGAAGUACCUUUUCAUCUGGACAAUGCAUCGGGGAGCAGGGGGGAGGAUUGGAAGGAACACCCCUUCGGGAACUCCAUGGUGUAACCUGGCCCGCCCAGAGGCAGCUCGGGAGGUGCUUGAGGGGCUGCCUGAAGUGGUGAACUGCUCUUGUUACCUCAAGUGGUGUUCGCUGUGGAGGACGUGUGGACGUGGUGAAAACAGAUCCAAAAGCUAAAAAAAACACGCCUUGGGAAACGUUUCUGCUGGAGAAGGGAAGGAAAAAAAAAAACAACAAAACAAACCGACUUUGGUUACAUCAUUAGAGUUCAGUUUAUUUACUAAUAUAGUUGGCAGUCUUUAAAGGAAGUCACUUGCAGAAUUGAAGGUGUUCUGUGAAAGAAAAGGAACUUAAAUCUCAACACUUGGGCAAACUUAGGGUCAGGAGUUCUUCUAGCUGGAGUCUUAAUAACCUCAGCAUCAGCACUGGGAGGAUUCUGGGCUUGCAGGCACCUUGCAAACAGCACCCACGGAAUGCCCCUGCCACGCCAGAGGUUUUAUAGCUCACAUUUUGAAUACUUGGAACAUUCCUCAUUUCUUCUAAUUCCAAAAUUUUAUUUUUUAGGAUAUUUAAAAGGAUAGAGAAAGAGAAGGAGAAGUAUCAAACCCCAGAGCUGGCUGUGUGGGGUGGCCCCCUCCCCUGGUGCAGUGGUGGGACCUGGGCUGGGGUCACUGACUGCUGGCUCUGGUCCCCUUUCCAGCACAUCUGGCUUUCCUUGGAGCAGGGUGGGACACCCCAGGAAGAAAGGCAGCCCCUUCCCCAGGCUCUUUGCACAUUCACACCCCCACCAUUCCUGCUGUGAGCAGCUGUGCCCUCCCCCUCAGUCCCUGCUCUGGGAGCAUCUCCCUGCCAGGAGCCCCAGAAACACCCUUAAAGGAGUUUAUUUCCAGUAAAUUUAUUUCCAGUAUCCAAGUGGUUCUUGCUGCCAGCCCCUCACCUCUGGGAGCCAUGUGGAGCUACUCUCAGGACUAUCCCAGUACCACGUCACAGCUCCCAGUCCCACCUUGGCACAGCUCCCACCAUGCUCCCAGUCCCACACAUCCCCUGGCACAGCUCCCAACGUGCCCCAGCUGUAAAAGAACUGGGAAAGAUCCAGGAAGGUGCAUCCAAUGGCAAAUACUGUGAGUGGCUUUCUUUAAAGUAUCGAUGUAACUGUAACAAGUGACAUUACCUUUUUUUUUUUUAAAUAGUGUAUUUUUUCCUUUUUUUUUUUUUUUAAAAAAAGACAAAGAAUAUCAGUCAAUGAAUUUAAAAGAAAAAAUUUGCUUAUUUGUUCAUAUUAUGUUCAAAGACAGUCUAUUUUUUCACUGUAGAAAUGUUACGUGUAAUGGCUGUGAUAUAUAAAAAAUGCAGUGCAAAUUGCUACUUCUACAUAUUGCUUUUCUACCAUUUAAAAGGUUUAACUUGCUCAUGUAAGAACAAAAUGUCCUUUCUGGAUUUUUUUUUUGUAUUUUUAUGGGUUCUUUUGUUUCCAGUCACAGACAUAUCCCAGGGAAGGGUGGGAGAGCAGCAGGUGUGGAGGUGGUGGCAGUGCCAAUUCCCUCCCCUUCAGCUGUGGCCACACAGGGCCAGGGGUGAACUGGGAGAUUCAACAGCACCAGUGGCUUUAUGGGGACUGGUGAGAGUUUCUUUUGGAGCCUUGACACCCAUCAGGGGCUUUAACAUCCCAGGUGUGUUGCCCAGGUCUCUGUCUGUGUGCUGGGUGUAGCUGAAAUGCUCUUCCAGGAGUUUUCCUGCACAGAGGACAGGAUUUCUGGGAAAACACACACUGCCUCGAGCUCUGCUUGCCUCUGACUUUUCCCUUUUUUUUUUUUUUAUUUUUAUAGAAGGGGUAAUCAUGGCCAUCAAGUGCUGCCCAGAAACCCCCACACAACCCAUUUCCUGUCUUUAACCCAAAAAAAAAAAAAGAAAAAGAAAAAAAAAAGAACCGACUGAAAGGCUUCUUCGAGAUUUUACUUAUUUGUGUGAAAGUUGCCCAAAUUUCUAAGUAUGUUGCAGCAAAAUCUUACUGGACAAGUUUGGGGGAGGGGGGGAGGUUUUUUUCUUUGUAUGAGAGCAAAGUGCUGUUGCUUUCACACUGUUAUUUCAAACUGAAACAGUAAAGUGGUUUUCAUACCACGGUGUAUGUAGAUAUAUUGACUUUGUAUUAAAGGAAGAUUGUCUGAA